CUAGCGUCUUUGCAGCAGUUUUACUAUACACAGCUGUAAGUACCGGUUCUUUGGUUCUCUCUCAGGACGCGACAAGUUGUCCAAGGCCACAUUAUCUCCCUGGCCGGGAUGUGAGGGGUCACGAGGGUCGUUUCACGGGAGAUAGUCGGCAGUUUGUCCUCUCCCUGUCGCUGGCCGCUCCAGCCGUUGCUACUGGCAACGGAUGGAGGAGGAAUUGACUCAGUGGCAGAUGCGCUAUGCGAGGCUGUCCUCCAGGUGCAAUCUUCGGACAAUGCAAAAAUCCUAUGUGUACCGUUCUACUGACCAAGGAGAAGGUGAGUGUACAUGAUGUAUAUAGCAAUGAGAAGGAGAGAGAAGAGAAGAGAGAGAGGAGAGAGAGGGAGAUAAGAGAGGAGAAAAGAGAGAGGAGAAAUUGCCACUGUGCAGGUCCACAUCUCUGC